ACACUUAUAUAUUCAUGUCAUGGAACUGAUUCACCUAUCUCUUUGGGAAAUUGUUAUGAAGAAUCAACUGUUUUCUUAACAGAGCUUCUAAUAAAAAUUGCUUUGCAAAAUAGAGACCGCAUUACAACUAUUUGGCCAGGAAUCAGAGAUCAUUUAUAUAGUUUAAUUAUGGAAGCAGCUGCCGGGGAGCAUUAUUUUCUGUUGGAACGUGGAGUUGUUGGCAUUUUAAGAAUCGUUAUUCGAAUGGCUCGAAGAGAAGAACUGAUACCUCAGGUUUUGCAUUCAUUAAAAAUGUUACUGCUGCUAAAAUCACCAACACUUCUAUUUGUAUCUUCUCAAAUUGUAUGUGCUUUGUAUGAAUUGUUACAUUCAAAUGGUGGAAAUAUACAUUCUUCUGAAGAUUGGUCCAUAAUAUUUAUGUUGUUGGAAUGUGCAGGAGCUGGUUCGAAACCUCCGAGAUCAUUACACAUAACAUCUGAUCUUACAAGUGGAGAUACUGGAGCACAAUCAGAUGGGGAGCUAAAUACAGGUCACGAAGAAAUAUAUAAUGUAGAUCGUGGUUAUACAUCCGAUAGUGAGUUAUAUGAUAAACAAGGUACAAGUGGACCACCUAGACAUUACAAAAUUAAUCAAGAAAAUAUUAAUAAUGCAACAGGAUGGAUUCUGGUUAAUAAAGAAGGAGAAGUAGAAUCAGUUCCUAUACGUCCUCUCCCAGUCAAUCAGUACAAUAUAGUUCUUGAGCAGGAAUUGCUACCUCAUGAUCCAUUUGCUUUUACAAAAGCUUGUGAAUGUAUAGCAUUUUUAAUUCGUGAUGCUGCUCAUAUAACAAUGGAAAAUUUUGAAAGUUGUGUCCAUUGUUUAAGAGUUUAUAUUGAGGCUAGCAUGAAUGGAGGUUAUAAUUUGGAAAAGAGGCUUUCUCGAAAUAAAAACAUUAAAGAAAAGAGAUUGGUCAGGUCGUCCAAGUGGAAAGAUGAUUCUUCUCAUAUGAGACGAACUCGCUCCAGUCCAAGGCAUUCUGGAAAUGGAAAUCAACAGGAUGAUGAUAAAAUAGAUCUGCUACCAUUAUNUAAAUUGUUAGAUUUGAUGCAUACCUUGCAUACUCGAGCAGCUUCUAUUUUCAAUUCCUGGUUAGAAGAAAAGUCAAAAGACGAUCAGGAUGCAGAAGUUGAAAAUCAAAAAAAUGAUGCAGUUAUUCAAAUCGACGGAGGAUUAUGGACAACUUGUUGGUGUCCUCUUCUUCAAGGUAUUGCUCGACUCUGUUGUGACACACGGAGAUCCAUAAGAACUUCAGCAUUAACUUACUUACAGAGAGCGCUGCUGGUUCAUGAUUUACAAGUUUUAUCUGCUGUAGAAUGGGAAGCUUGUUUCAAUAAGGUAUUAUUUCCACUCCUUGCUAAAUUAUUAGAAAAUAUAAAUCCCCAAGAUCCAAUGGGAAUGGAAGAAACAAGAAUGAGAGGUGCAACAUUGCUUUGCAAGGUUUUUCUUCAACAUUUAAAUCCUUUAUUAAGUUUGCCUACUUUUACUGCAUUAUGGCUGACCAUUCUUGACUUCAUGGAUAAAUAUAUGCAUGUUGAUGGUUGUGAUCUUUUGAAUGAAGCCAUUCCUGAAUCAUUGAAGAAUAUGCUUUUGGUUAUGGAUACUGCUGGUAUAUUUUAUCAUACAAAUGAUAGCAAUGGCUUAAAUGAAGGUCAUCUUUGGCAUAUAACAUGGGAUAGAAUUAAUACAUUUCUUCCAAACCUCAAGAAAGAAGUAUUUAAACCAAAUUCUUCAAUUUCAUCAUUUCAAUUUCAAUCUCUAGAUGAAGGAAAAUCUUCAGAUAAAGUUGAUGUACUUAAUGUUGAAACAAAACAAGAUUCAGUUGAUUUACCACUGACUAAAAAGCAUCAGUCUUUACAUUCACUAAAAUCAAGUGGUGAAAAAGUAGAUUUAGAGGAAAAUUUGAAUGCAAAUAGUCCACUAACCACAUCUCAUCAGACUACACCAUCUGUAAUUCUUCACCCACCUGCAUUUACUUUUACUCACGCUUCAUCAUAUUUACAUCCAGUGACAACACAUCCCUUGAAUGCAACUAAUAAUGGUGUUCAGUUAACAAAUGUUAAAUCUUCUACCGUACCACUGCUACUCAAUCCAUCAGUUAUGGAACAGACUACGGUGCCAAUAUUUUCUCCCCAGCCAUCAAAGGAAAGAAACGGAUCGCCAAGAUAAGUAUGGAGCGGCAUGCUGGUGAACUUCUUAUGUGAAAAGAAUGACGGAUAACCAUUCGUAUAUCGUAAAGACGACGUCUACGUCUUUCGUGCGGGACUUCUGACUGGGGCAUUUGUCCGUUGAAAAAUUUUGUCCCAUCUUCGCCAUUAUAAAUAAAGGAUGUGAAAUUUUAUUUGCAUAAAACGGUAAAAAAGAUUUGUGAAUAUUGUAUUUAUUAGAAAUUUUAUCAGAAACCAAAAGACAACUUCAUUCCUCCAGUAACGGAUCUCAAUUAUAAAUUGUUGAAGUCGAUUUAUAUUUAUAUUGUGAAAUGUAAAAAUCAUUAAACUGUAAUUAAUAAAUAUUACAUUGAUAUUUUAGUAAUUGUUUUCAUGGAGUUAUUAACAAAAGCCGCAAAACUUUCAAUAUGAAAUUGAUACUUUAGUAUGGCACAAUUACACGUUAGAUACAAUGUUAGCAGAAUAUCGUCGGCAACACACGGGUCCGUCGGCAUUUUGGUUACAAAAUAGUAAUUAUCUUUAAUAUUGUAGUUCCCCAUAAAGAAGUUUAUAUAUUAUAUCUUCUAUAAGCCUAACUCUACAUGCCUGCAAAGUCUCUCAAAAAAUCCAGUUACAACUGAUCAAAUAAUUUUUCUUUUCAGAAAACAUGACCUGAAAAGAAUCCAUUUUGGAUCAAAGAAUAAUUAACCCUUUUAAUAUU